AUGGGGUCAGAAUGCUCGUAUGAUCGAGGGCUCUUCGAUGGAUCUAUCGGCGGGUUCUUAUUCGAAAAAUCGAGCGAGUUCGUAGUGGAGCGAUUAUUAGGCGCAGGCAUUGCUUAUACUGAAGAUAAUAUCAAUUUUAUUUCAGAUUUCUGGAAUUUAGGCUGUGAAUCUAAAGUCUUUGAUGCUGAACUAUUUACAAUAGUGAAAGCUUUCAAACUCAUUGAGAUAAAGUCUCAUAAAAGAGAAAAUAGUUUGAAAGAGAUAUGA